AUGUUACAACUCUACACUGAAGAUACUUAUGAAAUUGAAGGCGAGCCGUUGUUUGGUUACUUGAGAGGAAGAUAUACCGCUCGAGAAUUAUCUUUGAUUGAUGAUUAUGCAUUUGACUUAGGCAUAGAAGUGAUGCCAUGUAUUCAAACAUUGGGUCACAUGGGGCAAGUGUUACAAUGGCAACAAUACGCUCAUCUUCGCGAUAAUACCGAAGUGCUCUUGGCUGAGUCUGAGACUACUUACGAAUUCAUUGAGAAGAUGAUACUAACCGCAUCAGGGCCGUUUCGUUCCAAGCGUAUUCAUAUUGGCAUGGACGAGGCUCACGGUGUCGGAGAAGGUCGGUAUCGACAGUUAUAUGGAUAUAAGGACUCAUCUCAAAUUUUUGUGGAGCAUUUGCAAAGAGUGAACGAGAUUUGCGAGCGUAAUAACUUACAGCCAAUACUCUGGUCAGAUAUGUUAUUCUGUUUGGCCGCCAAAAAUAAUUCGCUACAAGGUUAUUAUGACGAAACCAAUAACCCAGCUACACCCGAACUAGUUUCAAAUAUGCCUUCAAACGCAAAGCUUAUUUUUUGGGAUUAUUAUCACACAAGUUCUGACAUUUAUUCUCAAAAAAUCCAGCAACACCGUGAGAUGGGCUGUCCUGAUCCUUGGGUUGCUACUUCUGCAUGGACAUGGAGUCGCUUUUGGACUGCUUUGCCUUUCACAUUUGAAGCUGUUAGGGCAAGCACAGUGGCUGCCAAAAGCAAAGAAGACGGUGUGCGAAAUGCAUUUAUAACAACUUGGGGGGACGAGGGCAAUGAAUGUGAUGUACUUUCUGCUUUACCAGCACUAUUGUAUUACGCUCAGCAUGGCUAUUGUGAACAAGCGGAGGUGGAUAUACAGAUUUUGAAAAGAAAUUUUGAGGGAAUAUGUGGUGGGAGUUUCGAUGAUUGGGUAACCGCAUCCAAGAUUGACGAUACACCUGAAGGAACGCCCAUAACUCCAAGAUCUACAUUCACAAGCAACAUGAGUAAAUGGUUACUUUGGGAGGAUCCGUUCUUAAGCUUUCUUUCACCGCAGUACGCAGACGAAGACUUGGAAACACAUUAUAUCUCAAUUGAAGAGACUUUAUCUAAAGCUAUCACUGAGAAGACAAGAUCUAAUCCUUUUAAUGAAAGGCUGGAGCUUCCUCGCAGAAUAGCUACAGUGCUUUCUUUAAAAUGCUUUUUGCGUAAACGAUGCGUAGAGGCAUACAGAAAGAAGGAUUACAAUCAAUUGUUAGAACUAGCUCAUGGAAGACUAGCCGUUUUAAGGAAGGAAGUGGAUAGUUUAUGGAAAUAUCAUCGUAAAAUGUGGAUGAAGACGUAUAAACCUUUUGGAUGGGAAGUUCUUGAGAACCGUUAUGGUGGAUUAAGAGCUAGAUUAGAGACGAUGUUUGAUCAGAUUAUAGCCCACAUAGAAUACAUUAAUACUUGUAUCAAAGAUGAUGACGAAGAAGAGGAAGACGAAAAUGAGCAUAAACGUAUUCCUGAAUUUGAAGUGGAUUUGGAAUGCUUAUACUACGGAGCAAAGACCAAUUUGCUCCUAGACUAUGCACGUGUUGUAUCAACUUCACGGCCUGGGUAA